CCCAGUGAACCGAAGUCAAAAAAUUGAACUUUCGGAACGUUAGAGAGUUGUUUGUGAAAUUCGUGUGUUAAUUCUUCAGGUUGUUUGAAUAUUGGGGCUUUAGAACAUAAAGACAAAAGUGGCCAUUGGACUCAUCAGGUCAUCUUUUUUAUUGCCGUUGUUAAUUCCUACUGGAGACUAGGUGGACCAUGAAAAGGUCACUCAGAAGUAGGGUGGCCAGGUGACCAAGAUUUUUGUGAUUGCUGGGGCUGCAGCAGUCCUCAAUUAGCUCUGAUGCUGGAGCCUGUAGGAGCAUUAAGCACCAACAUUCAGGGAACAGCCCAACCUCCGCCUCCUCGGAGGCCCCCAGUUCCUCUUGCCCCUACUUCUAGUCAGGGUGUUCCACAACGCCGAGCUCCGGUACCACCCACAGCAUCUGGAACUGGAACUGGCCUUCAAACACACCCUGCACAGAUUAGACCACCUGCUUCACAUACUCGUUCAAGUUUGUCAGUCUCCAGAACAGAGUUUGUGUUUGGUUCACAGGAUCCACUAAUUAUAUCAUGGGACAUCAAAGAGGAGGUGACACCCUCUGAUUGGAUAGGAUUAUAUAUAGUUGAUGAAGUUGAUCCAUUUCGUUUUCUUGGGUACAAAAACAAACGCUCUAAUAACACUCAAAAGGGACAGGUUCCUUGGUACAUUGAAUGGGAUAACCAAUUUACAGAAGAUGUUACAGAUGUCUGUUUUCGGUAUUACCAUGGAGUGACCGGGGCACUCAGAGCAGUUAGUCCUGUUGUAACUUUAAGAAAAUGUGCUGAUGUCAGCAUUCAGAAUGGGUAUGGCAGUGAGGAGUUGUUUUCCCCAGGGAGUAGUCAACAGGCUCCUGUGGAGAUGGUGAGAUUGUCACUCACAAACAUUCAAGCCAAGAAUCUUAAGAAAGGAAUGUUCUUCAGUCCAGAUCCAUAUGUUAAAGUCUCGGUUCAACCUGGUAGAGAAGAGGGAGUUUUGUCUUUGCCACAUCAUGGUCAAGAAUGUCGAAGUGCAGUUGCUGAAUCAACCAUUAAUCCUUCUUGGAAUGAAAAGUUUGAUUUUAUUGCUUUCCCAUCUGAUAUCUUGGAGUUUGAAGUAAAAGACAAAUUUUCCAAAAGCCGGCCAAUCAUCAAUCGUUUUUUAGGAAAACUUAGCAUACAAGUUUCUUUUUUGAUGGAACAAUAUAGUAGUGCUCCUUUAGAGUUGACUUUCAGUUUGACAAGCAAAAGUCCAUCAGAACAUGUGACUGGACAACUGUCUUUUGUAUUUACUUUAGAAAAUGGUCCAGUUGAUCCAUGGACACACAUACGUCAGGUUCAUAAUCCUCUUUAUGUCUCAGACCUUCCAACUGGUCAGGAAGGGUCAUCUCUUCCCACCACACCAGUUCAUCACCCUCCUCAAAUAACCAGUAGGGCCACUUCAAUACCUAAUGGGAAUAUCCCUCAACCUCCCACCAGCCAAAAUCUUCCAGAGCCACUAACUCGAACAGAGUCAGGCCCCAUGGUUUCACAAAAGCCUUCUCAUGCUAUGUCUUCUCGACUUUCAGUAGGUGGUUCAUCUCAAAUUUCAAGUGGUAAUGGAGCUCAUGCUUCAAAUGGAAGCAUUGGGGUGGCAUUUACUAACCCAGAAUAUGUGUUACAAAGUGCAACAGAAAUAUUAUCUUCUUGUUCUCAGGGUUUUUCUAAACCUCCAGAUAUUCCUCCACCAUUGCCACCCAAACAGAAAACCCGCAGACACCAUGGUCAUAAACCACUAGAACGUAUGAAAGCUUUAAACCCUAACAAUAGCUCAGGCAGUCAGGAAGUUGCAAGUAGUGGUAGCGAUACUACCCGAUCUCUGUUAUCAGAGGCUAGGCAUGUACGUCCCGAAGACAGCUUCCUUCUGGAAAUAGUUGAUACAGAUGAACAGAAUGGUUUGUCUAGCACAGAGGAAGGAUUAACACAUAGUCUGGAAUCUGAUGAAAGUCUGGGAAGUAUUCCGCCCUCAACCUCCAUGAUGUCUUUUGAGGAGGAGGACACAAGUCCACCACCUCCUCCCCAACGUGAGCCAGGUGCCUCAAGACCAUCAGUUCUUCCAGUUUCACCACCACAUCGUGUGGAAGACUUGCCAGCUGAUGCAGAUCAGCAGUCUCCUGUGAGUGAGAUUGCCCAAAGGACCCCUCCACCUCCUGUACCAAGCAGGGCUGCACCUUUAGCCACACCUGAACAUGACUCUAUUCAAGAAAGUGUGCCUUCACUGGAAAACAUACAUGAUUCUAUCCUUGAGACUCCUGAAGAGAGUGCAUUUGAGCUAGAUGCUGCUUUAGAAGUGGCUGAUUCUGUUGACAUUGAUGAGCUAAACUCAGUAGUGAGCUCAGAGGACCUACCUGUUAGUGAAACUGUUAGUGAAAGGACAGAAAUGGAAGGACCCAAAGCAGAAGAUACUGAAGCAGCAUCUGGAACAGUGACCUCACCUCCUGGCUCCAUUAGUCCCUCACAAACCAUUAGCUGCAGUGACCAUGAAGAUAUUAACACUGAUGGUUCUGUGGGUGGCCCAAGUGUUAACAUGUCUGAUUCAGAAACCUCUUGGUCUGGUGGUGGUGAAAAUGAGGACACAGCUGAUUAUCCUGAAGAAUAUGUUUGUGAUUCAACUUCUACAGGAACAGAGACUGCAGGCAGUCCAGAAAUAGAAGAGGUUAUUACUUAUUCAAAUGGAACAGUUACCCAGUCAGUGAACGAAAUUUAUGACCAGAGCAGUGAACCAACAACUGUUGUGGAACCACACCAUACAGAAGAAUUGUGUACAGAAACCCAAGAAAGAACUCCAGUAGUAGAAUGUAGAGAAACUAGAGAUAUCUAUGAAGUUGAACAAAUGAACUCUCAAGUUAGCACUGCAGCAGCUCCUGUCAGGGAGCAAAGUGACAGUGUAGAGUUUUCAGAUGUGUGUACUCCUUUGCUUCAGUGUCCUCCCACCCCUACUCAUCACCCUCAUCCAAGACUCCAUGCAACAAUUGAUGUCAGCCAUCCGCUGUGGGAAACUAGGAGACCCAUUACAAGUCAGUCCUGGUUACCCAUAGGAACACCUAGCCUCACUGAUGGAUCAAGUAGCUCCUGGUCACAAUCUGGUAACCAUGCUCCAUCCACACGACUUCCCUCUAUUCCAGAACGAACUAUUCGGUUUCAGAGAGUGGAGUUGGAGGAACCUUUGCCACAAAAUUGGGAGGCUCGUAUCGACACCCAUGGCCGUAUCUUUUAUAUAGAUCAUUUAAAUCGAACAACAACGUGGAAUCGACCAACAGGAUCCCAGCAGCCAUCAGUUGGAGCAACAAAUGAACUUCAGCGUCAACAGUUAGAUCGCAGAUAUCAAAGCAUUAGGAGAACCAUUACAUCUCGCAUGCAUGAUGCUUCUUCCUCUGUUUCAUCAUUGUCAUCUGCUGCCUCGGUGCCUUCCUCAAACAGUGUUAAUAACAGACGAGCUCAGCUACUUAAUUCGCCACCUUUGCGCUUCCUUUCUAGAUCUGAUUUCUUUAGUGUUUUACACAUGAAUGAUGAAGCCCUAGCUGCUUACAACAGUAGUUCCUCCUUGAAACACAUGAUCACUAAGAUUAGAAGAGAUCCUUCUACAUUUGAGAGGUACCAACACAAUCGAGAUUUAGUAAGUUUGCUGAACAAAUUUGCCGACUUAGAGAGAGAUCUUCCUCGAGGAUGGGAGUCAAAACAUGAUCGAAGUGGCAAGCAAUUUUUCAUUGAUCAUACAACAAGGAGUACCACUUUCAUUGAUCCUCGUUUGCCAGUAGAAGUGCCCUACAUAAAUCCUCACCGGUUAGCUGUACCCCUGAAUCGGAGAAGAAGUCGAAGUGCUGGUGAAGAAGAGAUUCGACUUGAAGGUGUUGCAAGGGGCACUGCUUCUGGACCGGUUCCUCCUCCUCGACCCCAUAUCACCACAUCCUGUACAGUUCCACAUAUUGUGUCUCAAGUGCCUACUGCUUAUAAUGACAAAGUUGUGGCCUUUCUUCGUCAACCGAACAUUAUUGACAUUCUCAAGGAACGACACCCAGCUAUUGCCACUAAUCAAGUUCUCAGGGAUAAAGUAAAUGGUAUAAGAGUUGAAGGAACCAGUGCUCUGGACAGACUUAGUCAUGAUAUAGAUCUUACCAUACUUCUCAGUCUGUUUGAACAAGAGAUUAUGUCCUACGUUCCAGCACAAAGUAGCGAUAAUGCAUCAGCCAGUACAAGUGGAACACAUCGGUCACCACAUGAAUCUCCCCAACCAUCUCCACAGGCAUCACCAGGUUUACAAAGAGCAAACGUCAGAGCUCCAGCUCCUUACAGGAGAGACUUUGAAGCCAAGCUCAGAAAUUUCUAUCGCAAGCUAGAAUCCAAAGGUUUUGGUCAAGGUCCUAGUAAGCUGAAAUUAAACAUACGGAGAGAUAAUUUACUAGAGGAUGCCUUCACCAAGAUCAUGGCUGCCUCCAAGAAAGAUCUCCAGAAAUCUCGUUUAUACAUCAGUUUCUCAGGAGAGGAAGGGUUAGACUAUGGAGGUCCAUCCCGAGAGUUUUUCUUUCUGCUCUCUAGGGAACUCUUCAAUCCCUACUAUGGCUUGUUUGAAUAUUCUGCAAAUGAUACCUAUACAGUACAAGUGAGCCCCAUGUCUGCCUUUGUGGAUAACCAGCACGAGUGGUUCCGGUUCAGUGGCCGGGUUUUAGGCCUUACUCUGGUUCAUCAAUAUCUUUUGGAUGCCUUUUUCACCCGGCCAUUCUAUAAGGCUCUGCUUCGUUUGCCAUGCUCCUUGAGUGAUCUUGAAUCACUAGAUGCUGAGUUUUAUCAGUCUCUCUUAUGGCUAAAAGAUAACGAUAUCUCGGACAUGGGCCUGGACUUGAGCUUCUGUGUAACAGAAGAAGUAGCUGGACAAAUAGUAGAAAAAGAACUGAAAUCUGGUGGUAAGAAUAUUACAGUCACAGAAAGGAAUAAGAAGGAGUACAUUGAUAGAAUGGUGAAGCGUCGUUUAGAACGUGGAGUAGCUGAGCAAACAGAAUCUCUAGUCAGGGGGUUUUAUGAAGUCAUUGAUCCUCGUUUAGUUUCCGUUUUUGAUGCUCGUGAGUUAGAGCUUGUCAUAGCAGGAACGGCUGAAAUAGAUAUAGUAGACUGGAGGAAAAACACAGAAUAUAGAUCUGGUUACCAUGACAACCACCCUGUGAUCCAGUGGUUCUGGACAGCCAUAGAAAAGUUUGAUAAUGAACGUCGCCUGCGGAUGCUUCAAUUCGUGACAGGAACUUCUAGCAUCCCUUAUGAAGGCUUCUCUGCACUACGUGGAAGUAAUGGGCCACGAAAGUUUUGUAUAGAAAAGUGGGGAAAACCAACUAGCUUACCUCGAGCUCACACAUGUUUUAAUCGUCUCGAUCUGCCUCCAUAUACAUCAUAUGAAAUGCUUUAUGACAAGUUGUUGCUGGCUGUGGAGGAAUCGAGCACCUUUGGAAUUGAAUGAAAAAUAAACAACUUAUCAGCUAUAGCAAGUGUUUGAGGGCAGACCUAGCUAUGUAGUUUCGUCAUUAAUUUCUGUGCUCUUAUGUACAGUAUUGCUGAUGAAUAUUCUUUGCUAGAUAGCAAGCAUUGCAGACAUUUAUUGUUGGACAGUUUAUUGUGAUUUACUGUAAAUGGCUGUCCUCAAGAGAAGUACAUACAGCUUGACAAUCUAGAAUCAGUAACCAUCUUUUUUCAGCUCACAGUAUUAUGCAAGAACUCAACUCCAUUUCUAGUUCUGAAGCAUGGGCUAGACUGCAUCCUCUUGCACUGAAACAUUAUAAUGUAUAUACACAUUACAUGUUAUGGUUGAUAUUCCUGUCAUCAUAAAACUAAUGUAGUGUAAUAGUUGCUGCUCUGAUUUUGUGCUGAAGAAUUCUUUAACAAGGUAGUUUUCAAAAAGGGAAAUUCAGCUGAGUGAAAAUUGAUACUACAAUCAUUUUUAAAAUUGAGAUUGAACUUCUAGUUGUUAAUUCAUUUAUUGCCAAAAAAGAUGCACGUUUUACACCAGUCAUCAAGUAAGAGAUUUGAAAAUUUAUGGUAGCCAUUAAAAAGUAGAGAGAAAGAGAGAUUGAAAUUUCACACCAGUCAUUAAAUAGGUUAAUUUUUCCAGCAGCUAUGAGGAAACUAGUUACUGAGCUUUAUAUAAAUCAUAAGAAAGAAGGUUACAGUUUUGACAGCAGAUUUUAAGAGAGUAUGCUUGUAUUCAUCAUCACAGAGGUGACAGUUUCACAGCAGCUAUUAAAAAAAAUGCUUUCAAGUUUUUCAGCAGCUGUCAACAGAGAGUUGCACUUUUUACUGUAACAAUCAAGAAAGGAAGUGAAGUUUUAAGUAACCUUCAAAAAGUUAUUGGAGUUUUACAAUAUCUAUCUAGAAACAAGUUGACAUUUUACAGUUAUGGAAGAGAUUGAAUGUUUGCAACAGUCAUCAAGGACUUUGUUGGAGUUUGACAGUAUUCAGCAUGAAAAAAAUUACAUUAAUAAAGAAAAAAUAAGUUUGGGAUUUCCACUAGUCAGAAAGGAAGUAAUUGGUUUUUACAAUAGCUAUUACAGAAACUUUGUAAGUUCUGUUAAUUACUAGGUGAGAAAUUGGAAUGUAACCACAUCUGUUAAUAAAUAACAGAAAGUUGAUGUUUGUGAAGAAAAAAAUAUUAUAAAGUUCUUGAACAAAAAAAAUUCACAGUUCAGAUUACACUGUGGAAGAUACAUUAUACCUUGGGGUGCAUUUCCAUCUAACAAUGUCUUGUUGUAGAGGAGAACACAGCGCUCUUGAAAGGUAGCUUAGAAUUACAAUGAUUAGGUUAUUUGAAUCUAUAAUAUGUGUAUUUACAGAUACAAACAUAUUUUGAUUGUUUGGAAAAAAAAAUCAAAGUCUUGGUAUUAAUCUUGAAACCUUUCAUUAUGCUUAAGACCAAGCACAAAACUCUUGACUUUAUUUUUUUGCCUUUUGUUUCACAAAAUAUAGUGACCCAUAUAUUUAUUUGUUUUAGUUUUUAUUUUCUGUUUACAACUUAAGUAGGUAGUCACUGACUAUUCAGUUAGACUAUUUAAAAGAAGCUCUGAAAUUUCAAAAUUUUAAUAUAAUGAUUGUGGUGGAAAAAGUCUCUUUUUUAAAAACUAAUGUUUUUAAAAUCAAGAUCUUGCUUCAGUGGCUUUAAACAUUAUUUAUUGAUUCAACCUAAUUUAAGCAAGGUGUUAGGAAAUGGAAGAAAAAUACUUAUAAUUACUAUUGCAUCCUUACCAAUUUAAAUCAUAAAUCUGUAUGUCAGAAAUUUAGCAUACUAUGGUACAUCAUUAAACGGUUGUCAAAUUAUGUAAACUAAAUUAGCCACAAAUAUACCAGAAUAAAGACGGAACCAGUUAUAAUACGUAUAUUUAAGUAUGUCUGAUAAAAAUGAGUAAUAAUGACAUUUCAUGAUACAGGAAUAAAUUGUAAAUAAUCAAAAUAUGUCUGCUAAAAACUGAUUCUUCUUCGAUGAAAGACUGUUACUGGAAAAGAGAUAUUCUUCUUCAUAGAUGUACCGUCGUAAAUUUGUUUUUCAUUAUAUUACUUUUUUCUUGUGGUGCAUAACAGAUUUUAAGUUAAAUAUGAACAAAGAUAUUGAUUAACCUGUACUUUAAUUCUACAAAAACAAAGCCAUCUCUCGAGUGUAGUACAUUAUUAUUUUAGUGAUAAUAAACAUUAAUAUAGUGGUGGCAAUUAAGUCAGUAUUGAAAAACAUAAAAUAAUUUUAAUUUACUCAUUUCCAAAGCCUGUACAAUUCAUUCUGAUUUUUGCAUCAGAAUUUUCCAGUUAACAACACAUUUUUUUAAAUUAUUGAAAAUACUUUUUGAAUUGUAUAAACUAAUGGUAGUUUGUUAAUCUGUAGCUUUUGAUUGUAUAAUCACCUUUGGAUGUACUGAGAAUUUUCCAGUUUUAUUUGAGAGAAAAAUUAAUACUAAUUGGUUUUGAAUUAAUCUGUCAGAAAGAAAGUAAAUAAUUUUGUUGUGUUUAAGAUGUAAAGUUUGUGGAGAAAAACAUCAAAGAAGGUUCUGGCUUGAAUUUUCCUAUUGCUGUUAAAUUAAUAACUACAUGUUCUUGUAUAAAACCAUUCUUAAAUUAAAAUACCUCUCUGUAUUGGAAAUUGUGCUCUUGACUGAGACCUGUAGAUGAAUGUAUUAAGUGUUGACCAAGUAUAUUUAGUUUAUUUAUGAAGUGAUUUAAGCCACAAAUUGUUCAAACAGUUUGAAAUCUGUAUGGAAUAAUCAACAACAAAAAGAGGCAUUUUACAUUUAAGCUCAGUCUUUACUGUAAAUUUCAGCUGAACAAAAAAAGGGUUUUAAUAUGGAAUCUUCCAGUUCUUUAUUUUUAUUUUGAAUUAAAUAGUUAUUGGAAGCUAAUUUUUUUACAUUGACUUUCAAACUACAUUAUAUAAGUGUUUGUUUCUCUCCAAAUUUCAUAUUAUUGGCAUAACUUUUGCUGGAAGUCUCAUAUGAUGAAUCGACACUAGACGUUUCUGUAAGUAAUUUUUAGACUGAAUGUACAGCAUGUAGUGUUUAUAUAUGAACUGGAUUUUCCUUUUUAACAAAUGUUUUGACUGUUUAUUGUGGAAUUUCUUGGUAUUUGCAAGUCACAUUUUCUUGGUCUGUUUUGAGUAUUUUUCUCUCUCUACUUUCUAAUUUUAUGAAUUUUAUACUUUUGAAAAUGACAAAUAUUAGUAUUCAGUUUUAUUAAACAUAAUAAUACUUUGAGAAGUUAUGAGGGAAUUUAAUACAGAAGGUGUGAUAAGUGUAGUAUGUAGGAGUUGAGUUUAUGAUGAUGUGAUUAUUAACAAAAUUCACCCUUUAAACUUCCUUUUUUGUUCUUUGAAAAUAUAAAAUUGAAGUUAAUAAAUAUUGCAUUAAUGUCACUGUAUGCAUAACAAUGUGGUUAAAUAUGUCACUCUGGAAAAGUUUACAGGUACAUCAAAAUAAGCAUUCUAUAAAAUGGAACAAUAUCUUGAUGUAUCGUAGUUCUUAAGCUAAAAGUGCAAGGUCUGUCUGUAAAAUUUAGAGUUUUGUAAUAAAGAAUUGUAUCACAGAUA